AUGAAGAUUUUGAUAACAUUAGGUAUUUUACUUUUGACUGCUUCUACAUCAGAUGUUGCAGUCUCCGAUUAAUGUAAUUGCGAGAAACUUCUCUCUCAAGCCGAUUGUAAGGCCAAAUAAGGAUGCAAUUGGUCUACAACAACUUCUCUCUGUUCUAAAACAGAUUCUGGAAGCACUUCUGCUGAAGGAUAUUGUGGACUCAUAACUGAUGCUAGCGCUUGUGCAAAAACCAAAGGCUGUGCUUAUUUAGACUCUGUUUGUUAAAUAUUUGCUGGUUGUUCAGCUUAUAAGGGUGCCACUGAUGCGGAAUGCCAAGCAAUAUCAAACUAAUGUAAUUCAGAUGGACAAGCAUUUUGUGUUGAUCCUGGAACUUGUACAACUUAUAAAACCGCAGAAGAUUGUGCAGGGAAGGGCAGCAGCGGAGGAUCAGGCACUUGUGUUUGGGAUACAUCUUGUAGAGAACAGAAAUGUACUGAAGCUGAUGUAAAAUUUAAUACGGAUGCACAAUGCAAUAACUUUAUCAAGGGUUGCGUAACAACUGGAAAGGGAUGUAUUAGUGCUUUGGGACAAUGCUCUACCUAUACUGGAGAUGUUGAAUCAUGUGAGGGAUUGAAGGGAUCUGAUGGUUAUUGUAAAGGAGUGGAUGGAAAAGAUAAGUGCGUAGUGAAAUCAUGCUCAGAUGCAGAUACAACCUAUACAACAGAUACUGCAUGUGCUAAGUACUAGAUUGGUUGUGUCACAAAUGGUUACGGAUGUGUAAAGUCGCCUUUAGGAUCCUGCUCUACUUAAACAGGAGAUGACGUAGUAUGUGCAAAUAAGAAAGGCUCAGAUGGUAAAUGCAAAGGAGUGGCUGAAGGCAAGACAUGCAGUGUCGUGGAAUGCAAAGAUGCUCCAGAGACACACAUAACUGAUGAUGAUUGUGGUAAAUAUAAGAGUGGUUGUGUGACAACUGGUAAAGGAUGUACCACUUCAAGAGGAGCAUGUUCUUCAUAUAAAGGCACUUCGACAACUUGUGAUGGGUAUAUUGGGUCAGAUGGUAAAUGCAAGGGAGCCUCAGAUGCAGAAGCUGCCUGCUCUCCCAAAGUUUGCAAGGAUGCAGAUACUUCAUUAAACUCAGAUGCUAAAUGUGAUGACUAUCAAACGGGUUGCAAAACGACAGGCAAGGGUUGUACCUCCUCUUUAUCAACUUGUUCUUCUUAUACUGGAGAUGCCACAAGUUGCGAUGGAUACAUAGGAACUGAUGGCAAGUGUGCUGGAGGAGCUAGUAGUGCCAGUUGCUUCCCAAAGAAAUGUUCAGAUGCUCCUAAUGCUCUAACAACAAACGAGGAUUGCUCAACGUAUCAAACUGGGUGCAUUGCUACUGGAACUGGAGGUUGUAUGGAUGCUGGUGCCUGUAGUACUCUAUUAAAUAGCAGUUAAUGUGAUGGCAAAUCUGCAUGUCAAUGGAAACCCUAAUGUGUAACAAAUGGAGCUUGUUCUGAUCUCAAAUCUGAGAUUUUAUGCAAAACUGUGGCUUUAUAAAAUUCUAAUACUUGCUGGUGGGUGGGUGGUAGUUGCAUUGCUAGAACCUGUGAUCACGCACCUAACACAUAUAAUACAGAUUCUCAAUGUGAUACAUUCUUAAAGGGUUGCUUGACUAAGAAAACAGGUUGUGUUGCUUCAAAUGCCUCUUGUAGUAGUUAUUCUGGAACUAAAGCUACAUGUGAAGGAUUCACAAUUAAAUGUACCAAUACUAAUAGUGCUACUGAUACUACUGCAUGUGUUGAUCCUGUAUGUACAGAUAAUACUGAUGCUACCACAGAUGAUGCCUGUAAAUCAUUUAAUGCAACUUGUUUAACAAAAGGAACUGGAUGUAUAGCAGCUAGUGCAGCCUGCUCUUCCUACCCUGGAACAAGCACAGAUAUUUGUGGCAAGUUCACAGGUAAUAAUAAAACAAAACCUUGUUGGUGGAAAAGUGGAUCUAAUUGUGUAGAUAAAGCUUGUACUGAUGCUGAUACUAGCUAUACAACUGAUGACUUAUGUGAUAAAUUUUUGAAGGGAUGUGUAACAAAAGGAAAUGGAUGUGUUGUAAGUACUUAGAAUUGUGAUGCUUAUACAGAUUUGAAUUAAACAGGUUGUGCUGCCUUAUCAAAAGGAUGUGCCAAAAGAGAAGCUUGUACUGCCGAAGUUACAUGUGCUGGUAUCACUGGGGCAACUAAUUAGGCUAGUUGUGAUACAGUCUUACCAAAUAAAUGCGUCUUUAUUAAUAAUGCGUGUGUUGCAUUAGGAAAUUGUAGUACUUAUACUGGAGGUUCUGUGGCUGCUUGUAAGGAUCUAGUCAAUUCAAGUGGUGAAAAAUGUUAUUGGACAACCGGUACUAAUUGUAGUGAUAGAGCAUGUAGUUAGAUUGCAAAUCCAGCAGAUCAGAAGACUUGCACAGAUCAUAAAUCUAAUUGUGCCAGGAAAUCAGAUGGUUCUGUGUGUGAGAUUGCUCUAUGCUCAAAUGUUUCUUCUCCAACUACUGAAAAAAAUUGUUAAGAUUAUCAUCCUACAUGCCAUUUUGGUAAGGUAAAUGACGUUGCAAUGUGUGAUCCUGGAACUAGCUGUGCUGCAUUUGGUAAAUCAAGCACUGCUUCAUGUCCUACUAUUAUCACUUCUCAAGGAGGUUUAUGCAAAGCAAGUACAACUGCUUCCAAUAAUUGCGAAAAUGAUGUCUGUACCGGUACUGCUUAAAAUGAUUGCAAUACAAAAAAAGUUGUUUAUACAACUACAUUUUAAGGAGCUGCGCCUGCUUAAUUUUGUAUCUACAGUGGAUCUUCCUGUGUAGAAAGAUCAUGUGCAAAUGCAAAUACUCAUCUUGGAGUGACUGUCUCAUCAUUUUCAUAAUGCAAUUCAUAUUAUGAGUUAUGUGUAUUAUCAAGGCCAUCUAGUGGUCCUGUUUGUGUCAAUGGAAAUGCUGCUGACGGAAGUAGUGCUGGAUGUGGUCAAGUCUAAGGUACUUAAUAGGAAUGCUUGACUUUAACAGGGAAAUACAAAAACGCUAGCAAUAAUUGGGAAUAUAGAUUAUGCUAAUCGCAUAGUUAAGUUGGUACAGCUGCUUGUUUGGAUAGAGCAUGUUCAUAAAAAACAGAUGGAAAAACUGAUGCUAUUUGCUAGGCAUGGCUUCCAACUUGUAAGACUAAUGGAGAAAGUUGUGUAGAUAUGACAACAACAUGCACAUCAAUGUCAGGAACUUCUGAGAGUUGCCAAUUACUUACUGGUCUAGUUUUGGGAUCGAAAUGCUAAGGUAAUACAUCUGUCACCACUGGUACUUGUGUUGCUAGAAGAUGCUAAGACAAUGGAACAGCCACAACAGAUGCUGAUUGUAAGAAGUAUUUGGAUGGCUGUAUCACAACUGGUAAAGGCUGCAUUCCAAGCACCACUCCAUGCUCAGGCUAAUGGGGAAAUCAAGAUGGAUGUAAAUUACUAACAGGUAAUGAUAAGUUGUGUUGGAGCUUGUCUUUAUCCACUAAAGGAGCAUGCAUUGAUAGAACUUGUGCUCAUAACACAACAGCAACUACCGAUACAGAUUGUGCUGCCUUCAUGAAAGGAUGUGUUACCAAAAGACCAGGUUGUAUCGAGUCCACAGCUGAGUGUACAUCCUAUUAAGGAGUCUAAGCAGAUUGCGAAAAGGCUGUAGGUGCUGGAAAAUCAUGCACCAAUGAUUCAACUGCCACUGCUACAACAUCUUGCAAAGUGAAAGAUUGCACUAAAUUGGCUGUGGAUGCUUACUCUGAAUCAAUAUGCUAAGCUUAUGGAGUAUAGUGUCAUUACAAUGGCUCAAAAUGUGAUGUCAUCUAGUAAUGUUCAUAAUUGAAGGGCAACUUUAUCACUUGUGCUUAAUAUGUAGCCUCAGACGGACCAUGUGUUGGUACUGCACUCUAAACUGAAACCCCAACCAGUUGUACUGCUGCUAAGUGUUCAGAUGCACCUGUUACUUUAACAACUGACGCUGAAUGUGAUGCAUACAAAAAAGGAUGUAAAACAAAUGGUAAUGGUUGUGGUUCAACAAUUUUAUGUGCAGAUGUAUAAUCUUCUUCAUCUUGUACUUCUCUUAAAAGCGGAAAUGAUUUUAUCUGUGCCUGGGCUUCAUAAUGUAGAGAUGUUCAAACAACUUGCAGUAGUUACACUGCAAAUGGAUAAAGUGUUUGUGCUAGUUCUAAAACUUCUGCAGGAUUUGGUGUUUGUGUUUGGAAGAAUAGUGCUUGCACAGAAGCAAAAUGUGAAGAUUUACCAUUGUCAGUAGGUUCAGAAACAGAUUGUACAGAUUAUUCUACUACUUGUACUUUUGCUGGAACAGGAAAUGGUUGUGUUACAAAAGGAGCAUGUACCACUUAUACAAGAAAGGAGGUUUGUUCAGCUGCCAAAUCAACAGAUGCAAUUGGAAGUUGUACUUGGGAUGAAACUGUAGUAACAGGUACAUAAAUAAAAGGAUGCAGAGCAAAGGAUUGUUAGGAUGCAGCGGUUACAUUAGUGAAUGAUGCUGAUUGUGAUGCAUUCAUUUCAGGUUGUGUCAGUAAUGGUGCUGGAUGUAUGAAAUCUACAUACACUUGUGACAUGUUUAAGACUUAGGCAAAAUGUCUUUAAGACUCUUCAUUAUAACCAUGCCUUUGGAACAAUGGUGUAUGCCAAUAAUACUAUAAAUGUGCCGAUUUAUCCUUGAAAACAGUGGCAACCUGUUAGGCAGCCUCGAAAUAUUGUACUACUGAUGAAAGCAAAUGCACUCCCUUAAAGACUUGCAGCAAUUACACCAAGUAAAUAUAAUGCUCAAUUGGUACUGAUGGUGUUUGUGGUUGGGUGACUUCUACAAAGAAAUGCCAACUCUUCACCUAAUGCACAGAUUUAGUCUCUAAAUUAAGUACCGAGUGCUCAGACUUCAAUGCUAAAUGUAUUAGUAACGGAACUAACUGUAUCGAUAUGGCUGAAUGCUCUACUUAUGCUGAUAGUGAAGCUGCUUGUAAGAUUGGAGGAACUGAUGGUACAUGUUAAUUUGAUAAGGAUACUUCUGCUUGUAGAUUGAGAUAAUGUUCAGAUGCAACUACAUCUACUUCAACCCAUAAUGGAUGUUUCGGAUAUUAGAUUAACUCGACUACAAAAUGCACCACUGACGGAUCUAAAUGUAUUGCUUUGGCUGAUUGUGCCUCAUAUACAAAAUAAGCAGGUUGCGUCAUUGAUAGUUCAUUCAAGGCUUGCUCUUGGGAUACUACAGCCAAAUCAUGCAAAACAAAGACUUGUGCAGAUACCAAGAAGACCAAGAGUUCUGAAUGUGCUGCUGCCUUAGCUGGUUGCAUAUCAGAUGGAACCAAAUGCAUUGAUCAAGGAAAGUGUGCAGAUUACACCACCAAAGAAGCUUGUAGUGCUGGUGGAACAGAUGGAGCCUGUGCAUUUACUCCAGCCUCAGGAUCCACAACAACUGGAACUUGCAAACUAUUUUCAUAAUGUUCAGAUGCCAAUUCAGAUCAAACUGCUUGCCAAACCAAAUCCUUAACUUGUAAAUGGACGGCUGCAGUUGGCACUACUGCUAGUUCGUGUUCCAAUCACACAUGUGAUUCAGCUGCUAAAGGAACUGCAAAAUGUGUCACCAUCCCUAGUUUCGAUGGUAAGAGAUACACAGUUUGUUAAGUUCAAGGAGGAAAGUGUGUCACUGGCGACCCAAGUGCCUUAACUUAAGAUACAUGUUAUAAGAUGAGUUAAUAUACUUAUAGUUGGAAUGCUAACACUAAGAAAUGUGUUGCUUGUGGAUCUGGAGCCAGUAACAACAACAACAAUACCACCACAGUAGAUAACAAUUCAACUAAUGUCACUGAUCCUGCUACCACUGAUCAUGGAUCCUAUCUAUAUGUUUUGCCCAUCUUGAUUUCCUUAAGUUUCUGAUGAAGAAAGUGAAAUUAAAUAUUAUAAGAAAAAUCAUUAUUUAUCUCAG